GGCCGCUUCCCGCGGCUCAGCAGGUCCGCGCUCUCCCCCGCUGCUCGGCCUCCUCGAUGCGCGGAGGCAGGAGGCGGCGGCGGCGGCCACGACGCGGGUUUCGUUCGCUGCCUGAGCGCUCCGGGCGGCGAAGAGCCGAGCCAGCAAGCCAGCCAUCGGCCGGCUGCCUCUAAUCUGCCUCCCCGCUGCCCGGCUCCUGCGCUCUCGCCCGACCGCGCUGCCCUCUCGCCUUUCUCCCCGCCUCUCCCGGCCAACGGUGCUCGCCAGCAAACUGUCUUCAUGAGCCCCGAGGAUGUCCGGAAAGCAUUAUAAAGGCCCCGAAGUGAGCUGCUGCAUCAAGUAUUUCAUCUUCGGCUUCAACGUCAUCUUCUGGUUCCUGGGCGUAGCAUUUCUUGGAAUUGGACUUUGGGCAUGGAAUGAAAAAGGAGUGCUGUCCAACAUCUCUUCCAUUACUGACCUGGGUGGAUUUGAUCCAGUUUGGCUCUUCCUUGUGGUUGGAGGAGUGAUGUUCAUACUGGGCUUUGCAGGAUGCAUCGGUGCUCUGCGGGAGAAUACUUUUCUUCUCAAGUUUUUCUCAGUCUUCCUUGGAAUAAUCUUCUUCCUGGAACUCACAGCGGGUGUUCUGGCAUUUGUUUUCAAAGACUGGAUCAAAGACCAGCUGUAUUUCUUUAUCAACAACAAUAUCCGAGCAUACAGAGAUGACAUUGAUUUGCAAAAUCUCAUAGACUUUACCCAAGAAUAUUGGCAGUGCUGUGGGGCCUUUGGGGCUGAUGACUGGAACCUCAACAUUUACUUCAACUGCACAGAUUCCAAUGCUAGUCGAGAACGAUGUGGAGUACCUUUCUCUUGCUGCACUAAAGAUCCUGCUGAAGAUGUCAUUAAUACUCAGUGUGGUUAUGAUGCCCGACAAAAACCAGAAGUUGAUCAACAGAUUGUUAUUUACACAAAAGGUUGCGUCCCACAGUUUGAAAAAUGGCUGCAGGAUAACUUAACCAUAGUGGCCGGCAUAUUCAUUGGAAUUGCAUUAUUACAGAUAUUUGGCAUAUGCUUGGCUCAAAAUUUGGUUAGUGAUAUUGAAGCUGUCCGAGCCAGCUGGUAAAACUCUUCAAUGUAAGCCACGCAAGACCUUGUGGGUUACCACAGUUCUCAGAAGGCUCCAUGUGGUCCACAUGGACUCAAAGCUAUGUGAAAAUGAGGAACAGAGAAGUUUUAAGUUCUCAGCUGAUUAGAACAGCAUUUUAUCUUUGUUGAUUUCAGAAUGAGCAGCUCCAGCCACUUAGUUGUGAUGAAUACUAUUAAAACAGCCAGUUGAAAAUGUACUGAGCCAUGAAUCUCUACUGUAUCCUUGAUUGAGUAAACUGGAGGAUAUUUCUUCCGUGUCUUGUGUGUUGUGUGUGUGUGGCAAGUGGUCUGUGUCAAUGGAAAACCUCAAUAGAUGCAUCCUUUUGUUUUCUGUGUUGCAGCAGACCCUCAAUGAGGCAAUUUCCUUUUGCCAUUAAAGAAGUGACCAAGAGACCUAAUGUUUCUUUGGGAAGAAAUCCCACAAAGAGGCAACUAUUUAUCUACUUCUCAUAUGCUUUGUUUUCUGGCAAAAAAGAUCAUCACUCUUCCACGGGAAAUUCAGUAUCAGUUCUAUUACAUCAUCUGUCAAAUAACAACAGCUUUAAUUAUUUUCCAACCUCUGGCAAUCUUUAUUUCAUUGGACACUUGGAACUGUGGAAUCAGCAAACUUCAGGAAAGACCUAAAAUAGAGAUAAUUCUCCAUCUGCAUUAGUCGCUAGCAAUAUGUAAAUGAAGAAGAGAUGAAGGUAUUCAUGCUGGGUGGUUUGAUGAUGAGAUUGAGAAAUGCGAUGAACUUAGAAGCAGAAACACAAGCACAGUGUAUUCAGUUUCAUGGAUAAAAUGAAUUUUAAAGAAACAUCUCUUUGGAAGUUUCUGAUGUCUUCAUGUAGAAGGGCAAAUACUUUUUGUCACAUUAUAACGCUUUCUAAGUAUAUCUUCUUAUGCCCUCUUCAUCGAUUUGGUAUAUACUUUUUAAAAUUGCUACUCCUUUUUGAUUCGCUCAAUUUGAGUGGGCUUCCAAUUCAAACAAAUGUGAAUGAAAUGCUGACCAAUUUUCAUUCUUUGGUUUGUGUUUUGUGCUGGCUUCAUUACCACUUAGUUGCCACUGCAUUUCCUUUUGUGUCUGGUUAAAGUAGAAACCUAAAUGAAAUAUGUAUCUCUUCCUCAUUUUUCAAGCAGGAGCAACAUUUGUACAGCAAUACUGUGCAUGCUUGUGUAUUUCAUUGUGGGUCAGUUUCAGUAAAUGUAUGAUCAUCUAGGUUUUUUUGUCUGGGGUGUUCAACCUUGGCAAUGUCACAAGUUGUGGACUUCAACUCCCAGAGUUCCUAGCUACCACUGACUGGAAUUCUGAGAGUUGAAGUCCACAAGGUUUGUAAUUGCCAAGGUUGGUCACCCCUGUUUUAGGUUUUUGUGUACAUUAAGUACCAGCGGAAAAAAAAAUUAUGAUGCCUCUGUGAAAAACAAACAGAAUUUGGCUAUCAAGGAUAUGAAUUUGGGCUUAGUCCCACUCUUUUUUCAGGGUUGGCAGGAGAGAUGACAAUCCUUUCAAAUUUGGCAGUGACUGAAAAAUAUUGUUAAGUGAAGUAGAACAUGGAAAGGAUAAAUAUUUGGGUUCUACUCGUGUGCAAUAGCUAUUUUAGAAACACUAACUUCCCCAACCUGGUGUCACCAGAAGUGUUAGGGAUACAACUCCCAAGAAUUCAUAGCUAGCAUUGAUAGGCACCAAGUGGGGGAAUGUUGCCCUAAUUUGAAAAGGAAAACAAGUAAAUGCAUUGAUGUCUUAUUCAACUCUCUUGAGUUUUGUACACAGAGCUAAACGUUCUAACUGCACCUGGUAUGACUUCACAUAACCUUUUGUCUAGGUAAUUGAGUUCUGAUCAGGCUCCUUGAAUGGGUAACUGAGGUACAUUUACACAUGCAGAGCUCUGCAAGUUAUAUUUGUGUCAGUCUCAUUCAGUGAAUAGAUUCUCUUAGUUUUUAAUUAGUGAAUUGCUUAAGUGAAGGAAACCAGCAAUGCAGAAUAAAACAUACAGUGGAUGAAAAUUGAAUGAAUUCUUAUGAAUCUCUAGUACUUGAAUAGCUUAGUUGUAGUACAUUCCAGAAACCAAACGUGAAAGAUGCUGAUGUAAGAUGUACUGAAUAAACAUUCCUUCUUUUUUGCUGCUCUUGUACAUUUCUGGAAAAUUUCCAUGUUUCUGCUUAGGUAUAAUAAUGCUAUAGAUGUUUAACUUGUUUUCAUUUUUCUUUUCCUAUUACUUUUUUUCUUCCAUUACCAAGCUGUUUUAUAACUGACAGAUGGUAGACCAUAGUGCUAAAGCUUCUUAUUAAUUAAACAAAGUUAUGUGGUUAGGCAUAUCAUUCUAUCUUUUGGUAAAAGAUGUUGAAAUAUCUUACUGAUUGUACAGCAUUAAGAGGUUGUCUUCUUGGUCCCAGUGGUGAAUAAGCUUAAUAACAUUUUUAUAUAUAGAGAAAAAUGGCAAUCAUUUUGUUUGCAUACAAAACAUGUUUAUUUCUUGGAGUCCUGCAGGAAAUCAGGAACUCUUAUUUUUUUAAAAUAGUUCCCUCCUUACUUUGUCUUGGUCGUGUCCCUUGGUGCAAAUAGAUAAUGUAAUUUUAAUUAUCGGGUAUGUAGUUGCCUUCUAUUUGCCUGUGCAUGAUUAAAAUUCACAUAUUUCUUCCAGAAUCCCACAUUUAUUUUUAAAACAAGGGUGAGCUUGAAAGAGCUUUCAAAUAACUUUCUCAUAGCAAAUGCUCAUUCCAAAAGGUAACGCAAAAAAUUGUGGACAUAGAAACAAAUUAUUAUGAUCUUACCAAAAAUGUCCAGAGCUGGAAAUGACCCCGUUUCAAGCAUGAAACAUCCUGUCUAAGCAAAUUUCUUUUAGCUUAAAAUAUUUUGAAUUAGAAAUGUUUUACACACUUCUAAUACCCACAGUUAAACAUUAAUCUCUGAGAUGUUCCAUCUGGCAAAUAGAAUUUAAUGAAUAAUAGGCCCUAACUAAUGUAAAGCUACAGUCUUUGUAUCAUGGAAAUUUUACAACUGUAAGGUGAAGUUUCUUGAAGUAAUAAAAUAGAUGCCAAUUAUAUGUCUACAGAGAGUACUGAAAUAGUAUAGGUAGUCCUCAAGAUAUGACAUUAAGGAAUCCUGCCCAUUACAGUUGCAUGUCUCGAUGGUCGUUAGGUGAAACACCUCAUCUAAUGAACCCCCAUCCCUGCUCUCCCUAAUGAAUUAUUAAAUGAAUGUGUGAGUCGUUAAGUGGAGUGUGGGGUGCCUCCUGGAUUUGGAGGCCUAGCACAGGCCUAGGCUCACCUGUUGUGGCCCUCACAAGGCCUCACCCCCAAGAUGCCCCACUUCCCGUGGCUUGGGUCCCAACAGGUCUUUUCUCAUUCCCACUGAGUCUUCCCAGGCCGAAGGCCUUACCCCCCCCCCCCCCCCCCAAAAAAAAAACAACCCCAGACCAAAUAUCUUUCUCCUCGCUUACCUUUUGAAGAACUACGAGGCCUUCCAGAGUAGAGAUCUCCAAUCUUGGCCACUUUAAGACUUGUGGACUUCAACUCCCAGAAUUCCUCAGCCAACUUUGCUGGGAGUUGAAGUCCACAAGUCUUAAAUUGGCCAAGGUUGGAGACCCUUGUUCCAGAGGACUGAAAUGGCUGCCUUCUUUUGCAUGGCCAUCUGGCACGGUUGUGAAAGCUGUUGACAUUUUCUUCCACCCCUCCAAAAUGGGAGCCACAUUGGGGUCUCCCCUGCAGGUUCCAGGGACAAACUGCUUCUUUUUGCUGCCUUAACAAGGCCUACGCAGUGCUGGAUAAGCUUUCUGCUGCAUUCAGAAGCUUCUGCGGUGCAGACCUCUUUUAAGGCAGCGAAAUGAAGCAAUUUGUCUGGCAGCUGCCAUUUUGUCCCCACCCACAAAUGGACUGAAAGACAAAAUGGCAGCCAUAUUUGGGGCACUACUGCAUAGCCCAAAGGCAAACUGUUUUGUUCUUCUGCCUUUAACAGGGUCUGCAGUAUGCUGUGGAAGCUUUAUAAAGCGUUCAGAAGCUUCCACAGCAUUGUGCUGAUCUUGUUAAGGCAGCAAAAUGAAGCAGUUUGUCUGGGGACGGCUGCCAUUUUAACCCCGGCCACAAUUUGGAUCGCUGCCAUGCGGUCGGUUGUGUCUUCCUUUCACAACGUGAGCUCUGGAGUUGUGGGUUAUGUAGAGUAGGCCCAAGCACUGCAGGGUGGGAUGGGAGGAGAGAGAGAUGGAAGGGUGCUGCAGGGCCCCUUUGGUGGAUCAUUCAAGGUGAAUUAUUGCAGGGCUGCUAUUACCACUAUUACAUUUGUGUUGGGAACAUCAAAGCACAGGGCUGCUGCAAUCCUUGUAACUUUGACAUGGGGUCAUGUGUAGCCUUUUGGAGGGGGGGCGUGCUGUGGUAACUUUGAACAUUUAUUUAAAUGAACGUUCUUUUAAUUGGGCUCAGCAAUUGGAUCUUUACUGUAUUUUAUUUAUGUCUUUUAAAUUUUGUAUAGUUUUUUUUUUUAAGAUUGUAAGCCGCCCAAAGCUAAGAUGGGGUGGCCAAUAAAAUUUACAAAUGGACAGAUGUGGCCUGUUGUACCUUGAGGACUACCUGUAUUUUGUAGCUUUCUUUGCAAAUUCAUAUUAAAUGUCAAAAAGGAAAAAGCAGCACACAUAAUAAGCAUGUUUGCUAGAAGGAAUUUGCUGACCAAGCCCCACAGUAAAAGUUGGUAUAUUGGUAAAUUUGGGUUAUAGUCUGAUUUCUUAAUUCAAAUAAACUGGUCUCAGAAAGGACACAGUAUAAAAUAGUGAGUGAUGGGGAAAUCAACAAACUGGAAUAAGGGCAACAACAUUUAGGGCCAUUAAGCCAGGUGUAUGCAACCUUGGUAACGUUAAAAGACUUGUGGCCUUCAAUUCCCAGAAUUUCCCAGCCAGCCUGGGAUCUUAAAGUUGCCAAAGUUGGACACCCCUGCACUAAAUACAGUAGAUGUACCCUAUUCAUGUUUUCAGGUGCCCCUUUUCCUCUCUGAAGGGAUGAAGGGUUUUUUUUUUUUUUAAUCAAAGGACAGCAGAGUUUUCAGAUGCUUAUUAGAGUGGGGGGGAAGGAAUUUAGAGGAAUUUCCAGCAAGCCAACCAUCCAAAUAUUUGGGAACAAAAAAUGCUUCAAGGCAGCAACUCUCCAGACUGAGUUUAGCAAGUUUUGGUAUGUGUCAGUUUGGAUGUAAAUGCUUAAUGUUGAAUAUUAAUGCUCAAAUGUUAAGCAGUUAAAAGUUUGUAGCUGUUGUUUGUGUCUUUUCUUUCCACAUUUUUAGAAUUGUACUAAAUAGUACUGUUGUUAUUGACAAGAAGAAGAGUCAAAAGAACCCUCCAAAUGAUACCAGUACACGUCAAGGAAGUUUGUGCUUCGUGCUUGCCUAACAAAUUGCACAUGUUAUAGAUUAUGUUUUAAAGAAUUUGUGCAUCAGAGUGUUUGCUUGCUGCUAGAUCUCCCUACCAUCAUGACAUUUGUAUAGUAGUGGCUUAGUCCUAUAUGGGAACAACGGCUUUGUUAGAAAAUUUUGUAAAUCUUUUUUUGUGAAAGAUGUUGACUAUUUUGUUUUUUUAUUAUUGGUCUAAGGUUUUGCUAAAGAAACGGCCGUGUCUAGAAACCGUCUUGUGUUGCCAAAUCCAACUUGGUUGAAUGAAAUGUUCUAACUCCUGUUUUAUGUCUUCUGCUCUGAAUCUCUGGAAAUCCAUUUGCUUUGUUUGUCAUCAUCUUCGAGCCAAUUCCUGUUUCUAUUAGAUAGUCGUUAUAUAGUGGUGUGUACAUCUCAGAAAUGUAAAUAAUAGCAUGUCUGUGGUAUCAUUCCUGCACAGGUUUACACAUAUUAAUAUGUAUUUAUUUUGAGAACAUGGAAAAAUCCCAACCAUAAAAAAAAAAGUUUUGCAUAUCUAUUGGUUGAAACCUAAACUGCUUUAAUAUGCUGCCAUCUAGUGUUUGCUGGGCCCUUCUGCAAUUUAAUAAAUUAAGAAUUUUUAAAUUUUUGUUAACUUUAAUUCAGUAGUUUUGAAUAUUUACAUGUUAGAAUAUUUUUUGCAAUGAAUAUAACUGUAAACUGGUACAAAUGCAGUGGUUUCUGUUCUUAAUUGGUAAAAAAAAUCUAUUGGUUACUGUUAUGAAAAAGGACAUGUGAAUGAAGAUAUUCAGAGUAUGGUAUAUCGUCUCUUAAAUUGCUUGCUUAGUGAUGCACUUGAGAACAUUUAUUGGAUGGCUCAGUAAGCCUGCUGUUUUUGUUCUGAACUGACUACAUAUCCAGUAUCCUGUUCCCAUACUUUAAUUUUUCUUAAAUUAUGGCUGCUUUCCUGAGAAAUAUAAAAUGACAGUUUACCACAGUUGUGUUUUUACUCUCUUUCUGCCCUUUCAGUAAUCUUGUUCAGCAGAGAGAUAUUCAGCUUUCAAACAGUGGGGACCUAAAAUUUUAUAUCUGUCUAGCCAUGGGCUCAUCUUGAGUCACAUGAGAUUUUGCUGGAGUGGCUGUGUUAUGUGCCUUUUAUAUUUCCCAUUGUGAUAGUUCUGUAAGACCACAAAAGUUUUGCUAGCGAGUUUCUCAAGUCUUAUGUUGUGGAUUCAGAUUUCUCUUGAUGAUAUGCUAUUUCAGUUUCUUCAGUGGUUCAGUGUCAACUAUUGAUCUUUUUAGGCACAUUAUAGCUCUCCCUCAGUCUUUUAUGGUAAAGUGUCAGUAGAGUACAUUUUUGGUGUUUUCAUGUUCCUGCCUUUAGUUAUUUUGGCAGAUAACUCUUGUGUGUCCAUUUUAUGACUGAGAAAGCAACAGGAAAGGCAACUUGUUUGAUUCAUGGAGACAGGUAGAAAAUAUCACACCAUCUUUUCAAACCCAGGGCAGAUGUAGUUUAAGGCAGACUCACCCUUUUCCACAAUCCUGCCCGUAUUUUUCCUCUGCAGCCCACUUCAAUACCAAUGGAUUUUUUUGAUGAACUGACUAAACAGAAAUUGUUAUUUCUUCAUUUUCAUUUGGAAGACUAAUUCCUGAAUUUGACACAGUCUAAAGGAAGAAUGAGGUGUUAUACCUGAAGGAUUGGGAAACUGCCCAUUUAAUAUAUUUAUUCCCAAUGGGGUUAGAUGAUAUAUGAACAUCGAUGGCUGGACUGUAGACUUGAGGUUCUGUCUCCUGAACAUUACAGGAAAAUUGUAGGCUCUCUACAGAAAUUUAAUCCAGGUAGAAGAUGCUGUUCCUGUGCUCUUUUUUCAACAAUGUAAGGUUACAUCAUGGAUGAAAACACAUGGAAUUUUCAGUAUGUAUAUGCUGGUGCUGCCCUUAAGUCUUGUAUAACUGCUUUCUUGUUUUGUGCCUAUAUCAUAGAAAGAGUACACAUACCCUUAAGUAUUGUACGGGAUAUCCCACACUUACCUUGUUGGAAUGGGAUUGUUUGUGUAGCUUAUUAAUACAGUGAUCGAGCAAGAAAUGCAGAAAGGCCUACCUAGGGAACAUAAUUUAAAUCUCAGAAUUGGUCUUAUGAAAUCACUUUAGAUAAACAUAUAAAACAGCCUUCCCCAGCAAGUUGCCUUGCUCUUUAAACUCCCAGAAUUCCUUUCCAUCAUUCCCAGAGGAAGCCUGAUUAGAAAUUUAAUUCAGCAUGUAACUGAUCAUAAAAGUCAGAACUGCAGUGCCUAGCAGACGUCUUACCUGGAACAUGCAUUUCUGUUUAUUUUCAGAAGACUGGGGAUGGGGUUUUCUAACAAGUCACGUUUAGAUAUACUGUAUUAACUUCCAACCUUUUAUUCUAAACCAUUGCAUGACAUAAUGAAGGCAAUGACUGUAGUUACCAUUGUGGUUCCCCUACCCUUUUUACUGUAUUUGAAUGUACUUUACCUGUGUGGAAAGUCUUGUACAUUGCUGAAUUGAUUGUAAAUGCCAAUUACACUUACUGAUAAUGGAAAGUAUUGUUACAAGGAAAGUGCAUGCCUGUACAGCUUGACUGAGAUUUUGUCAUCUCACUCCCACAUGCUCUUAUUUGAUCUCAAAGUGGAUAUAUUUUACCUAAUUUAUCAUUUCUUUACACUAGAAUAUGUUAUACAGUAGCCAUGCAGCUUUCAGUGGACAAAAUUGAACUUUUACAUGAAAUUAACACAACUAUUUUGUGUUAAACAACUAGUUUUUAAAAACAACUAGUUUUUAAGGUAUUGAAAGUGAGAUACAUCAUGCUCUUUCUUUUUUUUUUAAUAGAAGCAAAUUUUCAGAAUGUUUUAAUACAUUUAUGAACAUAGUUUUACUAGUUGUGCAGUAUUCUGUAUUUUACUUGAAAUAAAUCAUUUUAUAUGCAAUUUGUUAGUAUGAUUAGUUUUACAAAUAAAAUGGAGUGACACUU